AUGCCAAAGCUCAAGUCUAAGACUGUAUUCGUUUGUACUUCCUGCGAGAAUACUUCUGUAAAAUGGGAAGGGCAGUGCCGCAGCUGCAGCGCCUGGAAUACGAUAAUCGAGCAUAGUGAUGCUGGGAGAUACGGAUGGCUUCGCAAAGAAUCAUUCGCCGCUGUGCAUCUUGCGGACGCCUCUUCCGAUGAUCUGCCGCGCAUGCCGCUUAUGUCCGGCGAGGUAAAUCGUGUUCUGGGCGGAGGAAUUGUGCCCGGCUCGCUAGUGCUGCUCGCGGGUGAUCCCGGCAUAGGUAAGUCCACGCUUCUUUUGCAACUCGCCGCGGAGGUGGCGAAAGAACACUCCUGCGUAUUCUACGUUACGGGUGAAGAGUCGGUUUCCCAGGUGAAGAUGCGUGCCGAUCGUCUUGGAAUCGACGGACAAAAUCUGUAUAUCCUCACUCAGACAAACGUCGAAGAUACGCUGGCGAGACUUGAUGAACACCUUCCCGCGCUCGCGGUCAUCGACUCGAUUCAGACGAUGUACGAUCCAUCGUUGUCGUCGCAUCCCGGGAAUGUGUCGCAGAUUCGUGAAUGCGCGCGAAGGCUGCUGGAGUGGGGCAAGGCGAACAAUGUCCCACUCAUCCUGACUGGGCAUGUGACGAAGGGAGGAGACAUCGCAGGACCGCGUGUUCUUGAACACAUGGUGGAUGUGUCACUGUACAUGGAGGGCGACGCUGUGAGUUCGUGGCGGUUGUUGCGUGGUGUAAAAAACCGCUUUGGAUCGACGAACGAGGUCGGCGUGCUUGAGAUGACGGGCUCAGGGCUGCUGGACGUGUCCGACCCAUCUGAGAGCUUCCUGCUUGACAGGCCAAAAGGAGCUAUGGGUUCAGUCGUUGUGCCAGUACUUGAAGGCAACAGGGCGUUGCUCGUAGAAAUUCAGGCGCUCACGGCGCCAUCCACGAUUCCUACCCCGCGGCGUGUGGCGACCGGGUAUGACGCGCAUCGGCUUUUGCUUGUUUGCUCAGUUGCGAUGCGCACAUGUGGGAUGCCGCUCGCCGACUACGACGUGAUAGUGAAUGUAACCGGGGGGUUGAAGAUAGCCGAGCCUGCUGCAGACUUAGGCGUCGCGCUCGCGAUUGCGUCGAGCUUCAGGAGUGUGCCAAUGCCCGGCGAUUUUGCGGCAGUGGGUGAGGUAGGAUUGAGCGGUGAGAUUCGCCGCGCGCCUCAGACUGAGCGACGUGUUAAGGAAGCGGCGCGGCUGGGAUUCAGGAAGUGUCUUGUUCCCGGUAAUACUGACGACCGAGCAUGCGGACCUGAAGCUCUCCACUACCAAAGAGUUGACACUCUGGCGCAAGCGAUUAAUAUGUGCUUGCCGAUAACACGGCGUAUCUCAGAAGCAGUGGCAUAG